AUUAGUACUUUUAUAACCAUCACAAGUUUAUUAAAUUCAUCUCCUUAAUAAUUACUCUAAUUAACUCUAAACAAAAAAGAAAAAAAAAAGAGACACUUACCAGACAAAGCAGACCCCAAAGAAAGAGAAGAGAUUGGUACACAGUAGACUUCACCUCCAUCUUCUUCUUCUUCCUCCUCCUCUCUCUCUCUCUCUCUAUUUCUCCUGGACAGCAACAUAUCUCAUUAAUGGGUUCAACAGGAAACCCUAACCCAUGGGGUACAUACGAUUCAUACAGAGACUGUUCCCAAGGAGUAUGCAGUGUCUACUGCCCUCAAUGGUGUUACGUCAUCUUCCCUCCUCCUCCUUCUUUCUACCUCGACGACGAAGACGACUCCUCUUCCUCUGAUUUCUCACCUCUUCUCAUCGCUCUUAUCGGUAUCCUCGCUAGCGCCUUCAUCCUCGUCAGCUACUACACUCUCAUCUCCAAAUACUGCCGCCGCCGCCGCGAAAACUCCUCCUCCUCCUCCUCCGCCGCAGCUCUUAACCGAGACGACCACGGAAUCUCAUCCGAUUACACCUCCUGGCAAGGGGCUACGAAUCCGAAUCAAGCGGCUGGUGGUGGUGAUGGACUCGAUGAGUCUCUGAUUAAAUCGAUAACGGUUUACAAAUACAGGAAGACGGAUGGGUUCGUCGAAUCUUCAGAUUGCUCUGUUUGUUUGAGCGAGUUCCAAGAGAAUGAGAGCUUGAGACUGUUGCCUAAAUGCAACCACGCCUUCCACGUUCCUUGUAUUGAUACUUGGUUGAAAUCUCACUCUAACUGUCCUCUCUGCCGCACUUUCAUCGCCGGAUUUAACGUCACCCCCGCCGUUGAGAUCGUCGCUUUAACCGAUCAACCGAUCGAUACAGAGAACAACUCGGUUUCGACGGAUGAAGAUUCCGUCGUUGUUGUUAACUUAGAUCUGGAAAAUUCCUCCAGAUCUCGGAAUGAGACUGUUAGUAACGGCGGAUCGACGCCGAAACCGCCGGAUAUGCACGAGUCAAGAGACGGAGAAGAGCAGGUGAAUCGGAGAUCAAACUCAGGCACCGCCGUUGUAUCGAUCGCUGACAUAUUGCGGGAGAUUGAAGACGAGGAAGAAUCAGCGGGUGUAGGAACCUCUCGGCGGAUGGAAGAAGGGGAAGGAGAGAAGACGCCUCCUCCGUCUGGAUCGGUGGCGAAUCAAACAAACGGGAUUUCGAAUUUUCUGGUGCGGAGUUCAAUGGCGGCGAUGAAGAGAUCCGGCAAAUUUGUUCUCUCCACCAGUUUCGAUAGAGCCAAAAAUUACCGUUUACCAAAUUAAAGUUAAAAAAAAUAUAUAUAUAUUAGGGAAUUUGAGUCUCUCUUUUUUAUU